GAAAGAAAGUCCCAAAAACAAAAAACCAAUUUUAAAAAACACAAACCCAUUCGUGCGUCUCUGGCUAAUUAAGUUAAAACACUAAUGGACACUUCUUCUUCACUUUUGUUCUUCUCCUUCUUCUUCUUUAUCAUCAUCGUCAUCUUCAACAAGAUCAACGGUCUCAGAUCAUCCCCAGCUUCAAAGAAAAAACUUAAUGAUCAUCAUGUUACAUCCCAGAGUCACGGACCAAAGUUUCCACACGGAAGCUUGGGAUGGCCCGUCAUCGGUGAAACCAUCGAGUUCGUCUCUUCUGCUUACUCAGACCGUCCUGAGAGUUUCAUGGACAAGCGUCGUCUCAUGUAUGGGAGAGUGUUUAAGUCGCAUAUUUUUGGAACGGCGACGAUCGUGUCGACGGAUGCUGAAGUGAACAGAGCCGUUUUACAGAGCGACUCGACAGCUUUCGUGCCGUUUUACCCAAAAACGGUAAGGGAGCUAAUGGGAAAAUCGUCGAUACUUCUUAUCAACGGGAGUUUACAUAGACGGUUCCAUGGAUUAGUCGGUUCUUUCUUAAAGUCGCCACUUCUCAAAGCUCAAAUCGUUAGAGACAUGCACAAGUUUUUGUCGGAAUCCAUGGAUCUAUGGUCCGAGGACCAACCUGUGCUCCUCCAAGACGUCUCCAAGACUGUUGCAUUCAAAGUACUUGCCAAGGCAUUGAUAAGUGUAGAGAAAGGAGAAGAUUUAGAAGAGCUAAAGAGAGAGUUUGAAAAUUUCAUAUCAGGACUCAUGUCAUUACCAAUUAACUUCCCUGGAACGCAACUCCAUAGAUCUCUCCAAGCUAAGAAGAAUAUGGUGAAGCAAGUUGAAAGAAUCAUAGAAGGCAAAAUUAGGAAAACAAAGAACAAGGAGGAAGAUGAUGUUAUUGCAAAGGAUGUUGUGGAUGUGUUGCUUAAGGACUCAAGUGAACAUUUAACUCACAAUUUGAUUGCUAACAAUAUGAUCGACAUGAUGAUCCCUGGCCACGAUUCUGUCCCUGUCCUCAUUACCCUUGCCGUCAAAUUCCUCUCUGAUUCUCCUGCUGCCCUCAAUCUCCUAACGGAAGAAAACAUGAAGCUGAAAAGUUUGAAGGAAUUGACAGGAGAGCCACUAUAUUGGAAUGACUACUUGUCGUUACCUUUUACACAAAAGGUGAUUACAGAGACACUGAGAAUGGGAAAUGUUAUAAUUGGAGUGAUGAGAAAGGCGAUGAAAGAUGUUGAAAUAAAAGGAUAUGUGAUACCAAAAGGAUGGUGUUUCUUGGCCUAUCUCAGAUCAGUUCAUCUUGAUAAGCUUUAUUAUGAGUCUCCCUACAAAUUUAAUCCCUGGAGAUGGCAAGAAAGGGACAUGAACACGAGUAGUUUCAGUCCUUUUGGAGGUGGUCAGAGAUUGUGCCCUGGUCUCGAUUUGGCUCGUCUUGAAACUUCAGUUUUUCUUCACCAUCUUGUCACUCGCUUCAGGUAACUAUCAGUUACAUGGAUACAAAAUUAUUUAAUAUUUGUUGUAAUCUUUAAAUUUCAAAACAAACAAGAGGGUGUGGUAAUUAGUGCUCUACACUUUAGACAAAAUGGUACGUUCGGACCAAAUAAAUCUAAAUGUCUAAUCUCUUUUUGACAAGUUGGACUUAACUCUUAAACGAUAUACAGAGACUUAUUUGAAAAUAUGUUGGUGAUUAUGAUAUGCAGAUGGAUAGCAGAAGAAGACACAAUCAUAAACUUCCCAACGGUGCAUAUGAAGAACAAAUUACCCAUUUGGAUCAAAAGAAUAUAAAUCAUUUUUCUUAAGUGAAAAAUGGAGAAUCAGUUUUGCAUUAUCAAACUCUAAAAGGUUAAAGAAGUCACACGAGUGUUUUGUAAGUGGGAAGUGAAAAAGAUAGUGAGACAGCAAAAGGUAAGAAAAAAAGAGAACAUGAUGGAGUUUGGAGACAAAAAAUGAUUCACACGUGUGGAAGACGAUAGCACACAUGCCAACUAUUUUGUCGUAUUCCUUCACAAGGCAAAUAAGGACAGAAUCACAAAACCUUUUUGUUGACCGUAUAUAUAUAUAUAUAUAUAUAUUUUUUUUUUGAAGUACAAAGGUGUAUGAUAAUUAUGCAUAUGAUAUAGAAUCCUAAUUUUCAUGACUAUUUCCUCUCUCUCUUUUUUUUUUUUAAAUGUUAAGGACGACUAUUCCUCUUCGUAUAUUAAAUUAUUAACUAAGAAAAUCAU